GCUGUUCCCUGGUGAGAGUCAUAUCUAACUGCUGACCUUCAGAACUGCCGCGACCACAUGGCUGGUGACCACUGCAAGAUGUGCCCUCCCGGCUACUACGGGAAGGAGAUUGGGUUGCUUGGAGACUGCACCCUGUGUUCCUGUCCUCACCGCCCCCCUUUCAGUUUCAGCCCCACCUGUGUCUUGGAAGGUGAUGGUGGCUUCCCAUGUGACGCCUGCAUCCCUGGCUAUGAAGGACAAUACUGUGAAAGAUGCACUGAGAACGGUCACAAGGAGCAAGGGACGCCCGCUCGUUGUAUCUCACGUGGGCUGUAGUCAGGAUAGUGAUCUGGGAGCCCCCUACACAUUUGUUUGUGCAGAUGGGAGGCCACAUUGAAAUUCCAUAGCAAGGUCUCCUAAGAGGAGGGU